AUGGAACUGUCAUUAGCAUUGACGACAACAGAGCAUAAUCUAUCGCCUUCAGAGGCACAUCCAAACACUAUGGACUUUCUGUCUCGCGAAUGGUGUAAUUUCGCUGUUCAAUCGCUUCAGCCCGACCAUAUCCUCUACGAUCGUUCCAUUGUUCCCGUCGAGACAUCGAUCGCCAAGUUUCAAGGCGACUCGAGUCCUCUUUCUUGCGCUAUGAUGGAUAAGAGUAUGAAGAUGGACGAUCCAGAUUUUAAGCCCUCGUUGCCUUCCUGGAAAACUAGUAAUGUGAAGUCAUGGAUAUGGAUGCAACAAGCAAUGCACCCGGAAUUGAGCUACGAAGGCUUUUUCCGCAAGAAACUUAAACUUCCAUGGAAGAUUACGCCGUCGAUAAAGAAAUGGUGGAAAGAGAUAAAAGCGAAACGAAAGGAAGAAGUGAGGCUACAGAGAGCUGAAGUCCACGCUGCCGUGUCCUUGGCUGGUCUAGCCGCUGCUCUUGCCGCUGUAGCUUCCGAGAACGCUGGAAAAGAUGGUGGUGGAAACGUUCGACCGAGCACGAGAGAGACUGCUGCGGCAUCUGCGGCGGCUGUAGUGGCAGCGCAGUGA